ACUUUACUCUUUCACUUUUGUCAUUCCCCUAUGUUCAAGUUUAGAAAUAAACUCAAAUUCACAUCGCUGGCCCAAGCCCAUGACACCCCGUCGCCCACUGCCAGUCACGAUGACACACCUGCUGACUCUCGCCUGGCCAAGAGUCAAGAUCUGACGCCCUCAGCCUCCCAUUUAGCCGACUCGGUUCAGAAACUUACCAUCACUACCCAGAAUGUCCUGAACAGCAGCAGUGCCUCCUCGUUGACAGGACGCUCUCACCAUCUGUCAGCGACACUGACAAUGCAAACUUCACCCUCUCACCCUGGCCUCCUCACCAUCAAAAUUUACAACUCCGACUCUGUACGCCUCCCGGUCAAAAUCAACAACUCCAAGCACGCACUCACGGCAUUGGCGAUGAACACGGUGCUGGAUGGUGUGCGCUCCAAUCUCCUAAAGAAAAUUGGUACCAUCGCUGACGAUGACCCCUAUCUUCCUGCCACCACCAACUCCUCCUGUUUACCUGCCGUCGUCAACAUCCCUAAAGGCCACGAUGAUGAGCAGCUCGUGCGGUCGCUCAUGUAUUUGACAGUGGAAUUUGAAAACAGUGUGCUUGUGGUGGAGCCUGUCGAUGGUACCAUCGCGCAGUCGGUGUGGAACAAGGUGAUUUCGUUUGACGUGACAAAGACCCUUAGAUCCACAAACAGCUCUUCUAACUUUCUCACGUUGAACUUGUUUGUGCGGUUGCCGGGGUUGUUCAGUGCCAGCGACGACCAACGGCCAUCAAUUGAAGAGCUUUUGGUGGGGUCCAUCAAAGUACCGCUCAACCUCAAGUAUCAUUCGGACGCAAUCCGGCUCCUCAACCACGAGUUCCUCAGCUUCUCACGGCCCGAGGACCCGGCCCCCAGCGGUAGGCUCAACGUCUCCAUCGACUUCAAGCCCAUCACCAAAAAACACCUUUCGAUCGAGGAGUUUGACUUGCUCAAGGUAAUUGGAAAGGGGUCGUUUGGAAAGGUGAUGCAGGUGCUCAAGAAGGACACCAACCAAAUCUAUGCGCUUAAGACCAUCCGCAAACAGCAUAUCAUUUCCCGGAUGGAGGUUACUCACACCCUCGCCGAGAGAACGGUUCUUGCCAACAUCACCAACCCGUUUGUGGUGCCGCUAAAGUUCUCGUUCCAGCUGCCGGAGAAGUUGUACCUUGUGUUGGCGUUCAUCAAUGGAGGUGAGUUGUUCCACCAUUUGCAGAAGGAAGGUAAGUUUUCCAUGGAUCGCUCCCGGUUCUACAUCGCCGAGUUGCUUUCUGCCCUUGAGAGUUUGCACGAGUUGAAUGUGAUUUAUCGGGACUUGAAGCCAGAGAACAUCUUAUUAGAUUACCAGGGCCAUAUCGCCUUGUGUGACUUUGGCCUUUGUAAGCUUAACAUGAACAACGAUGACAAAACCAACACUUUUUGUGGUACUCCCGAGUACUUGGCACCCGAGCUUCUUUUGAACCAGGGGUACACUCGGUCCGUUGACUGGUGGACUCUCGGAACCCUUCUUUACGAGAUGCUCACGGGUUUACCUCCAUUUUACGACGAAGACCAUACUACGAUGUAUAGAAAGAUUCUUCAAAACCCGUUGACGUUCCCAGACUUUCUUGCCAAAGAGCCACUGGUGGUGGACUUGGUGACGAAGUUGUUGCAGAAAGACCCAUCAAAACGGCUUUCCGAUCCAAAGGAGAUUAAGGCCCAUGCUUUCUUUAAGGACAUUGAUUGGGACAAGUUGAACAGUAAGGGAUAUCUGCCGCCAUUUAAGCCAAAUGUGGCCAGUUUACUAGACACGUCGAACUUCGACCAGGACUUUACCAGUGAGCGGCCGCAGGACUCGGUGGUGGAUAGUUUUUUGAGUGAGUCGGUGCAGAAACAGUUUGGUGGUUGGACAUAUAAUGGUGAGACCGUCAUGUGACGUACCACAGACAGACUAGAGCAUACACAAACACAACUAUAAAAGCAGACUACCCACAAGCCUUACCACAAAUACCAAACCUUCAACUCCUACUUGUUGGCUGCAUUGUUGUAAGUGGCACCACCACGGCCGGGAAACGAACUGCCACCAGUUUUGUGCAGCGGGUUCGUUUUCCCCGGUUCCAAUGGUGCCCCGUGCUUCCACCGGGCGGGAUUGGGGGCAUGUCCUUGGGCCAAUCUCUGCUGUUCGCGUUCCUGGUAUUGUGGAUAUGAAGGAUUCAAGUGCUGGGGAUUGGCCUGUGUGAUAUUUACCAAUUGUGGGGGGACCUUGUAUACUUUUGGGUCUGCCAUCGGGUCAUACUUGCCAUUGGGAGGAGGUUGUUGUUUUUCGGGCGGAUAUUCGUUGUUUCCUUCAUACUGUGGGGCUUUUUGUGGGAUGGUGAUGUUGUCGCUAAGGGGGGGAGAGCUUGGACCUGUAACCAGCUGUUGCUGGUGAGUGCUUUCGGUAUACGAUGGAGGAUCUUCCGGAGGAUGCGAGUAGUUGUCACUCAUAUUUAUAUCUAGUUUAAUAUAGGGCAACUUAGUUGCUUUGAAUUUCAGGCCAUGUCGCAGCCAUAUUGGCGAUAGCGG